ACCCCCUGUGGUAUAAAGACGACAAUCUGUCCUCUCUGUCCUGAAUUUCUCCCCUUCCCCGCACUUUUCAUUGAUCUUCUCUGAUCAGACAAAACGGAACCAAAUACCCCGGAGUAUUGGUUUCAUUUUGCCUGUGGCGCUGGGCUAUUUUGCCCUUUUUCCGCGACGAUCCUCUUGAAGAAAGACGUUACUUCUCGUGGCCCCCAUAUUAUAUAACGCCCCGCUUACUUCAUCGCCCAACUGAGGACACUUGUCCUCAGCCAUGCAUCAUACCCUACGCCAUUGACCAUCGGCAAGCACAUUCGGCGCCAUGCAGCGCUCCUUUGGUCAGAACGCGCAGCCCGAUUGGAGGUUGAAUUCUUCGGUGCCUAAUCCUGGCAAUUCAACCUCUCCGGCGCCUGCUCCUACUUAUUACCACCACAACCUGCCACCCUCUCCGUCACCUUUCCAGUUGUCCUCUGGUCAUCAUCCGCACUUUGCACAAGGUUAUGACAACAUGACGAUGCCAAUUCGCACUUCGGUUCCAGGGACAAUCAAUCCCUCGGCCAUGACGAUUGAUUCCACCAACACAUCGAAUUAUGGAGACUCGCUCAGUGAGCGCGCGACUCCCGCUCCGACCUCCUACCACGACAUGACUUCCUUGGCAGAUGUCUCGUUUGCUACUCCACCUCCCAGAGCAACUGCGACCCCUGCGACCCCAGCAUUGUCAACUUCAUCGCUGGCCACAUCUAGCUCGACUCCCCAAGGAACCCAGGGAGAGAAGAGAGCAGUGAAGAAGCGCAAGUCGUGGGGACAAGAAUUACCCACGCCCAAGACUAAUCUGCCUCCUCGCAAACGUGCCAAGACAGACGAUGAGAAGGAGCAGAGAAGGAUCGAACGGGUUCUUCGAAACCGCGCCGCGGCCCAAUCCUCUCGCGAGCGAAAGCGCUUGGAGGUGGAGAAGCUCGAGCUAGAGCGAGAUGAUCUUGCAGAGGAGAAUGCUCAGCUCCGCCAGGAGCGAGAGCAAUUUCUCAGACAGCUUCGGGACAUGGCGAAGAUGAAGCAAUUCUACAAGUCAAAGUUUGAGAGUUGCUUUGCCCAAUUGGUUUCGUCGAACGAGGGUGAUUCAAAUUAUGUCGAAACAAAGACGAAUAAGAAGAUUGACAAGGGCAAGCUUCGCGGUGCCUUGGUGUCGCCAGAGCUCACCCCAUCGCCUCCGCACUUUGCUCUUUCUCCAACCUUGACUGCCGACCUCCUUCCAGAAGGCUCGACUCAACCCACUCUGAACGAAGACUCGAACAAUGACGCUGUGACAUCCAGCGAAGUUCCAUCCGCCGAGGCCACUGCCGCCCCCGCGGUCCGUCCCGCGUCCCCUGUUACCGACAUGACACAACAUCCAGCAGCGGUGUUGUGUGGCCUGCAGUGUCAGUCGGUAGCUCGGCGAACGCGACAGGACCCGAGGUUGUCAACAACUGCCGUGGCCUUCGCCCUGGUGUUUUGCGUCACAGUCGCCUUUUCCACGAUGACGACUUUGUCCAGUCUUUUACCCCCAGCCCGUCCACUUCUCCAGACAUUCGCAUGGAUGCUCUCGACUCUUGUUCUGACGAGCUUCUUCACGGUGUUGGCGGGGCCGAUGCCGUUGCAUCAUUUGAGGAAUUGGUUGACUUUGAAGGUGGCCAGUCUCAGGACGGAGACGCUCAAGAGGACAGUCACUUUGGCGACGCCUUUUUGGCGCAGGCAUUCUCAGCCGAUGACGGCACGGAUUUGUUUUACGCUGCGGCAGCUUUUGACACGCAGCCUGACCUUGGCGCGUCCUAUGACGGAUGCGACGGGCAAGGCCAUGCGGCUUAAGAAGUCUUGCGGCGAUGCGAUCCGAGCUCGUCCAGCUCCGAGAAAUGUCUGUUUCCAAGGACGUCACAAGGAUGACUCUUCUCUGGUGGUUCCGAAACGAGAUGAAGUCACCUUUGAGUCUGGCAACUCAAAUGCAACAAUGCUCAGACUGGGCAAGCUCGGAAGCGUCGUCUCCACCAAUCUCUUUCUUGACAGGAAGCGUCAAUCUCGGGACGCCAAGACUCAUCACGCGGCUUCGUCAAUGGUAUCGGAUGAUGUCAAGCGAGAUUGGUGGAAAACAGUUGCUCCCGCGGUUCUUCAUUGUGUGGUUUAAAGUCUUUUUCGAUUUUUACGUCUUCGUUUGUUGGGGGGGGGGGAUUAAUUGGGGUUUCUUGGGAGG